GCAGAGCGAAAUUGAAGCUGACAAGACUUUUCUGGCGUUUUGGAAAGGACUGUAAUCUACUGUAGGGGAGAGAACAGAGCCGCUCAAUCACCGCUGCUGUAAAUAGGAGACGGAAGGGAGUGAGAAAGGAGGCGAAGAGAAAAAGUGCUUGCUGGGGGGGGAGGGGGGGCGGCAUUUUUGGUGGAUGGUAUGAAGCCAGCCAUGGAAACUGCAGCGGAGGAAAAUGCAGAACAAAGCCAAGAGAAAAAAGUGAUCACCAGACCAGAAAUGGAAAUUGGCAGGUACCACUGGAUGUACAGGAGUUCAAGGCCACACCGGUACCAUCAUGUGCCAGCAUUGAGAGGCAAUAUUAGUCCUUUGGGGAUUCAAGGUUGCUUUGAAUGUUGCAUUAAGUGCCUAGGAGGAGUGCCAUAUGCUUCGCUUGUGGCAACCAUUCUCUGCUUCUCGGGGGUAGCCUUGUUUUGUGGCUGUGGCCACGUGGCGCUCACGGGAACCGUGUCUAUCCUCGAGCAGCACUUCUCCACGACUGCCAGCGACCAUGCUUUGCUGAGUGAAGUAAUACAGCUAAUGCAGUAUGUAAUUUAUGGCAUUGCAUCAUUUUUCUUCUUAUAUGGAAUAAUCCUGUUGGCAGAAGGUUUUUAUACAACAAGUGCUGUGAAGGAGCUGCAUGGAGAGUUCAAAACGACAGCCUGCGGCCGCUGCAUCAGUGGAAUGUUUGUUUUCCUCACCUAUGUGCUUGGAGUGGCCUGGCUUGGGGUCUUUGGCUUCUCUGCUGUGCCUGUCUUUAUGUUCUAUAACAUAUGGUCAACUUGCGAAGUCAUCAAAUCUCUUCAGACAAAUGUGACAGUUCCAGGAGACCAGAUCUGCGUGGAUAUCAGGCAAUACGGUAUUAUCCCUUGGAAUGCUGUACCUGGCAAAGCCUGUGGUCCGAUUUUAGAGAACAUCUGCAACACAAAUGAGUUCUACAUGUCUUACCACCUGUUCAUUGUGGCUUGUGCUGGAGCUGGUGCCACUGUCAUAGCAUUGAUCCACUUCCUCAUGAUACUGUCUUCUAACUGGGCCUACUUAAAGGAUGCGAGCAAAAUGCAGGCCUACCAAGAUAUCAAAGCAAAAGAAGAGCAGGAGCUUCAGGAUAUCCAGUCUCGGUCAAAAGAGCAACUCAAUUCUUACACAUAAAUGUUUGCCACAGUAAUUCAGCAGAAGAAUUCUGUAGCUCUGACAAAUCAACAAAUAGCUGCUCUGCAGUACAGAUGUGUGUCUACCAAACAAAAUUAGAGAGAAGUGCAAAAGCUUCACAUUCCAGCUCCUGGAACACUUUCAUAGGGAAAUCUUCCCACGGGUAACCUUCCAUCCUUUCACACAGAGAAUGGAGGUUUUAUUCCAGGCAUUUUAAAAGGCAACACUUCACAAUAAGUGACCAAAUUACUCUUCUUUGAGACUUUUGGUAUUUAAUAUUUGACAUGUUCUACAGCAUGACGUCCCGCACAAAACCGUGGCAGGUGCUCCAAACCAGCAGGCAGUAGAGCUCUGUACAGACCUUAGGCAAAGGCACGCGCGUACGACGUGUGGUGCAGGAUCUCGGUUCAGGUACCAAAGGGAACUGUGGCCGGCCAGGGUUGCCGACAGCUCGUGCUUACGUGACAGCACCGUUGCAGCGGUUCCUGAGCUGCAGCGGGGCCGUCGGAAGGCUCCUUCCCUGCCCCACAGGAACAGCACUCCGCCUUGGUGCCACGCUUUUUUAUGAGGGAGCAGUCACACCCCUGUGCUCACCUGAGCACUGAGCAGCCGUCCCAAGUUUUAAUCUUUUUAUUAACUAUUUAAUGGAAUGUAGAUCCCCGGAUCUGGAUAAUGAUCCCCUCCUUUGAAAAUAAAUGUCAGCUUUGCCUUAAUAUUUAUUUUCUAUAAAUGUCUUAGCAUUUAUAUAGUGGCAGGAGACCAUUAUCCGACAUUUUAAGUAAGUGAAAAGUGUUACCUUAUUAAAAUGACACUGAUCUGACUAUUCCAAAUGAGCAGAUGAGAAAGUUUGCAGAGUUUUACACAAACAAUAAAAAUUACAGCCAUAAACCAGAAUACAGGAUGUCCACCUUUUUCUCUUGGUGCUUAGCAAAUUUAUAGUCAGUGCUUAUGUGUUUUCCUUUUUACAAAUUAAUUAGAACAUUAAGAAAACGUGGUGUUCAGAAAAAAAACAAACUGGUGCCAUUUUAAAAGUCAUUUCCCAUAGAAGUCUGCCUUCUAAUUAAUGUUUUUUUUCAGAUGCAUUCAGUGAUAUCUUGAGUAUUAGUGAUGGUAUAUUUGGUGUUUGUUCUAUAUGAUAUAUAUAUAUAUAUAUAAAUGUUGGGGGAAAAAAAGUAAAAUACAUCAGUCAUUUGAAAAAAUUAAAUAUUCAAGUCAUACCCAUGUUAAGCUGACGUGUGGUUUGAUAGUUUUGACUGUUUGCUGAAUAUAAAUCAAAAGGAAGCACAAAUUUCUUCAAGUCAGUAUUAGGAGAAAAUGAAUUUUGGCGGGGUAUUAACUUCAAAUAUGGAUUUUUUUUUUUUUUUUGUUAAAUAUUGAAGUCUAAUUUGACAGUUUCAAAAAGGGGCAAAGUUGAUCAAUGUAGAGCAAAAUAUGACAAAAUAGCCUAGUGUAUGUUCUUACCUGUUGCAUGAAGGAGACAUUUCUACAGCAAUGCAGGUGAUGUUCUAGCCCAGUGUUUGCAUAAGGGUAAUAAUGGAGGCAGUGUCUUAAAGCCUAAUUCUUUUCUAAUUCAGUGUAGCUAUUACUGGGAGUUUUGGAAGUUUUGUUUAAGUAGUCUAAUAUUUUUAUGUAAAGAGCAUUAAAUUUUGCUAUGUAUAAAUUUUUGUAACCUAACAGUGAAUCAAUAUUUUCUAUCAGUGCCAAGGGCUUCCUGUAGUUACAUCCAAGUGUUAAAAUAAAUAUUUGUAGAUAAUAGACAA